GGAACAGGGAACCAGGAAAUGCGGGCUCCUCGCCGCGCGCCAGGGAAGCUCCCCUCGCCAGAAAGCGGAGAAGGUUUCGCCUGCGAGGACCGACAUGGGCAACCAGUGCUGCUGUAGGCGAGGCUGGAACUGGCCGUCGCCGUUUAAGAGGAAAAAUGAAAAAACAGGUUCUAGAGUCAGUAAGCCAAGUCCGCAGCAUCCAGAGAGCAAGCAGGGAUUUGAUGUCACUCCAGUUUAUGACGAUGUGUCCGAGUUCCCUGUCUAUGCCACCGUGACCAAGCCCAAGCACACGAAGCGUGACAACAGCAACGUGCACUAUGCGGACAUCCAGGUCUUCAGCAAAAUCCGGGAGCGCUCAGCCGAGGAGGUGAAGACCCUGCAGUCCCAGAAUGCCACGGAGUAUGCCACCCUCAACUUUCCCCGGGCCACGCCGAAAUACGACAGCAAAAACGGAACGCUGGUGUAAGAGUAGGAAGCCAGCUCACCAGUCUUUGGCAAUGGAAGUAUUUCACUGCAUGAGGUGCUGUCGAUUUUGUGGCUGGGAGCCACUCUGGAAACACUUAGAGGGCCUUCCUCAUUUGGCUGUGUGCAUUUUGGGGGUGAUGUUUCAGUGGGGGGCAGAAUGUUUCUUUUGUGCACGCCAGGAAAAUUAUCCUUUGGGAUGAGAUGACGGAGGAGGGCUUCUCUUGGAUGCCCUUUCUGAGGUGGACACCUGGGUGGCAGAAUCAUGUUGUGAGGUAGAAGCACCUGGAAGCUUGGGUUGAAGAAUACAGAUGUUUGUGAGACUUUUGUUCUUCUAGAUCAAUGUUCGCUGGAGUUCAUUACCAGAUUAACAAUAUUAUCUGCAAAAGUAAAGACAGUUAAUGCUGACAAGGUGAUGAGAGCACCGGAAAGUUUUAAAGUGCAUUUUUACUGUUUAAACUGCAGUAAACAGGAACUAGCAAUCCCAGACGUGCAAGUCUGAAGUGGGAGCAGCAAAUAAAUAAAUAAAUAAACAAUCUGUUCCUGCAAGGUAUGGUGAAACGUUACCCCAAAACUUUGCAAUUUCAGUGGCCCCAAAUUCAGUCAUCAAAUGGGGCUGACAGCGUUGCCAUCAGUGGCAGAGUGGAGAUAGAUUCCUUGGGCAUAGAAAGCAUGAGCGAGAUGUGUGGAGUUUAUUAGGACUGAGGUACCAAACCACCUCAUUUCUAUGCAGUGGGGAUGUCUUGUGAAAGGGGCUCAAGAUGGUUCUACAUCCAGAAACAGUUGCAGCAGCGGGAAUGCAAUGCAAGGCCUACCAGGGCUCCCAGUUGUUGGCAGUCAUUUUGUAAUCUUUUGUAAUCUUGGGGUAAGACUGGAGGACAACCUGAGGGCUGCACAGAUCUGACCUCUGGGAGCCUAACAGUUAUUUGCCUCUGCCUUCAUGUUUUUCAUGCAACAGUAAAUUAUCCAUCUGAAUUGCAGUUUAAAGCUUUGAUCUCUUGAUCAUGGUAGUCUGUUGCAGUAAACAGGACUCUGUGGCAAACUGUGGCACAUUCAAGACUACCCCAAAUUUAUUCUAGCAUAAUUUUUCUGUAUUAGAAGCCCAUAUCUUCAGAUGCAAUAAGUGAGACUGAGUCCACAAAAACUUAUGCUGGAAUAUAUACUGGCUCAGCUUUAAAACAUGGUUUGUUUACUUAUGGGAAACUCACUGGACAGCCAACCCCAUCUCAAUCCUAGAAUGGUUAACCUUCAUUAUGGCUAAAAUGUGAUUCCCUCCUGGGGAAAAAGCUUUGGGAUUUAAGCUAGCAAGCAACACAAAGAAGAAUGGUAUACAAACUUUCAUUCAGUGCCCUUGUGAAAGUUCCUUUAUGUUGUUGCCAAUAAAUUGGUUUCACCUGCUUUUUUCAACAGCUAGCAAAACUAGAAAGGGGCCUCUAUCAAAUUUCUUUUCCAGCCAUAUCAUUUGAUUUGCAAGGUCUCUGAUUAAACAGGACCUUGAGUUCUUUUAUAUUCUCCUCACAGAAUAGUAACAGCAAACACUGCUCUAAAAUGAGUUGCUAGAAUUUGGGAUUUCUAUUUUAUCUCCAGUUGUCCAGGAAGAACUCUUAAAUUGCACUUCACUCUAGUAUUAUAUGCUGGAUUUUAGAGGUAUGGUGUAUUUAACAGAUAAUCAAAUUAUCUGCAGAGGAAGAGACAUGAUAUAGCAAUUUGGUCUGUUUUAACAGGCACUAACUAAAUAGAUGUAAUGUGCACAUAGGUAGCCCGAUCCAACGAGGAGCGGGAGUAGAGCGGCUGUCUCCUCAGGGGGAAUCAAUGGCAUAAGCACCAGAGGGGAGAAAACACUAAUCUCUCUCUGGGUAAUCCAUUCUCAUAAACGACUUACCCCAUACUUUUUGCAUGCAUAAGUCUGUGCCGCUGGAAGGGAGCAUUCCCAGGCCAAAAAUUCAUUGGGAAUACCCUCCAGGUUGCUGAAGCAGGCAUUUACAAUGGUGGUCAGCCACUGCUGAGCCCACCUUUCAGGUUUGGACCCUGCAGUGGCUGGCCACCGGGUUCAGUCCCUUGACACUGGCGUCUGCGCCACCCUGCAUGGACACUGGCACAACCCUUCCUCCACUUCAAAUGCAGCUUCAGCGCCCUCCCCUUUGGAUUGCACAGUUAAUGAGUUUUGAAAUGAGAUAUAUCUGAAGGAAACCCCCCCCCCCCUUAUUUUGCACUUUGUUUUAUAGAUCAUGCACACCUUCUUGGUGUCCUAUAUGUAUUCGUGACUGGAAAGAGAACAGACUAGAGAUAUCAUGGUGUUUCAUGGUUCUCAGGAUGCUUUUUCUCAGCUUGUGGGCUGGAAUCUCAAUAACUACAAACUUUACUUGUAAAAAGUACAUUUCUACUCCUUGUGGUAACAUUGGAAACCAAUUCAGAAACUAGGGCUGAUUCCGCAUGGGCCAAAAACAGUGGUGUAAAAACGGUAUAAACUUUUUUACACUGCUUUAAACCCUUUUACACCAUUUUCACACCAUUUUCACACCGCUGUUUUUGGCCCAUGCGGAAUGAGCCUAGGAAGUAAGCACAUUCUGCAAACUUGUUAUUUUUAAGCUGAGGCUAAAACUGAUUGGUUGCUCCAUAUAAGGCAAAAUAAUUUCUAACUAGACAGAUAAUUGGUCUAAAUAGACAAAGAACACAGACACUGUUCAAAGGUAUAAUUUAUCUAAUUCAGUUUGAUAAACAUCAGAUUCUGUUGCGUAUAUUUGCAACAGUAGCUUUUUUGAGCUUUCAAUUCUGACCUCUUGACCCCGGCUUCUUCCCCUAACAAUCUAAAGUAGACAUUGCUAUCUGUUUGUCUGUUUUUACCAAGCAGACAGUUUAUCCCACAAUUUCACAGUUAUUUACUCAGGAUUUUGGAUAGUUGGAUCAUUAACAACAGGGUUUUUGUUUACUUUGGUUGGAAGAUAUAGCUGGCAAGGUAAUAUCACAAGGGUGAAAAUUAAAUGCUCUGCAAGGAUAGGAGAUUAAGAAACUGAAAGUGGAAGGAAGUAUCUCCAACUUGAAACAGACUAUUCCACACAAUUGGAUAUUUAAGACCUUUUAGUCAUAGCAUGUCUUCUUGGGGAUGCAUCACAUUGAGAGCUGGAGCCGACUGUCGUUUAAGAUGAAAAAGAGAAUACCUGUUUUUGGAACUCUUGGAACAAACUAUAGCAGGCAACUUGAUGCCUCGUGCAUUUAAAUUAAUAUUCAUCGUCCUGAUAAUGAUGAAUAAUUUUAGACUGCAAUCUUUGAUCAUCUUCAGAAUAUUGUAGUUUCUCUUCCCCACUGGAAGUUGCCUAAAUAGCAUCCCAAAGGAGGUACAGCAUCUUAAUUACCUGUUAAUUACCUGUGAGCAUACAGAUGGGCUGUGGCUUGUAGCUUAAGAAAAAUGACUUUGAUGCCCGGCUGGCAGUGACUGCACUAAACAAAUUAUAAAUUCCACCAACAGGUUAAUUUUAGCAUUCAUAAAUAAAACUGCUAGAGGGACAAACAUGGUCUGCUGAAAUGACUCAUCUGCCUGUCAACAAAAGUGGAUUUAAUGUAUUGUUGGCACUAAGUUUAGUGAUGACUGCAGGUCAGUGAAAUGUUUUUCUAGAACUCCAGCAUAUCUUUUCAGUAUCUCCCUGUUCCUGACCACAUUGACUGACUGUUGCACAUGCAUUGAACAACAAAUAGAAGUUUCGUUUGGAGUCAUAAAGUGGACUGGUUUAUACUAGCAAAAUGUAGGAAUGAGUGGUUACUCUGUUAAAUAUUAUAUGAAGGAAAGCAGCUCUUGUUCAUUUUUAACAAUUACUAAGCACAGAAGCAGAGGAAUGUGCAUAUAUCUUGAAUCAUUCUUAUUACAAUGAUCUGCAACGGUGAACAGCAUAAUAAAAUUAAAAUAAAUUUGUUGAAUGGAAGAUUUCUAGAAAGCAACUCUGUGGAAACUGUUUCUGAAAAUGGCUUUUCCUCCCUCAAUAUUUGAUCAGUGGCUCAAUGUUAUGUAUGAUUGAAAAUAGCUAAUUUCGGGGCUCCUGGGUUUGGGGGCUGCUCAUUUUAUUAUGAAAAAUAAAAUAUUUUUAUAGUUAA